AUGUACCUUCUCAGAAACGCAAAUCCCAACAGCAACUCCGACGACAGCAGCAACAACAACUACGCCAACUCCAGCUACAGCACCCUCCGUUCCAACCUCACAUUCUUUUGUCACAGGAGCUCUCACACCAAGCUCAACCAUGGCACCCAUCACAAGCACAAUCAUCUCUUCUGUUACACCAACCAUCACAACGGACGUAUCGGUUCCCACCACAACUGUGAACGUUGCUCCUGUCACGGUCACCACUGGAGCAUCUUCCACAGCAAGCAGCACCAUGGGUUCCACCCAAACACCUUCCACAGCACGCAGCACCAUGGGUUCCACCCAAACAUCUUCCACAGCACGCAGCACCAUGGGUUCCACCCAAACACCUUCAACAGCAAGCAGCACCAUGGGUUCCACCCAAACACCUUCCACAGCACGCAGCACCAUGGGUUCCACCCAAACAUCUUCCACAGCACGCAGCACCAUGGGUUCCACCCAAACACCUUCAACAGCAAGCAGCACCAUGGGUUCCACCCAAACACCUUCCACAGCAAGCAGCACCAUGGGUUCCACCCAAACACCUUCCACAGCACGCAGCACCAUGGGUUCCACCCAAACAUCUUCCACAGCACGCAGCACCAUGGGUUCCACCCAAACACCUUCCACAGCACGCAGCACCAUGGGUUCCACCCAAACAUCUUCCACAGCACGCAGCACCAUGGGUUCCACCCAAACACCUUCAACAGCAAGCAGCACCAUGGGUUCCACCCAAACACCUUCCACAGCAAGCAGCACCAUGGGUUCCACCCAAACACCUUCCACAGCAAGCAGCACCAUGGGUUCUACCCAAACGUCUUCCAGCGAAUCCACGACCAGCCUCUUGACGACCACCAGUCCUCCGACCGCACCAUCAGCCCCUGCUCCGACCUUCAGUGUGUCGGUUACGUUAACACAAACUUACGACGAACAAUUAUCAAACCCAAGCAGUCAGCAGUUUAUUGUACUGCAGUUGAUCGUUGUUACAACGUGUAAUGCUAUCUACAGGGCAGAAUAUGGAUUCCUUUUCAUCCGCGUUAUUGUCAUUGGAUUCAGACCUGCCGGAGGUCGACGUAUGGCCAACACUGAAACCGUUUUGGAGCUUGUGUUCAAUAAUACUGCCCCAAGUGAAAGUAUUCCGCCAGCAGAGGAAGUUGCAAAUGUCUUGAGAAAUGCUGCAAUGGACAACUCCACUGAUAGUCUCCAAAUUGAUGCUACCACUAUUGUUGUCGAAAGAGUUGUUACCACUACCACAACGAUUGCCCCAACAACUGCCCAACCACUGACAAUAACUGCCAAACCAACGGCUACAACAGCCCAACCACCUGCUACAACUGCCCAACCACCGGCCCCAACUCAAACCACAACCACUGCUGCAGUAGCGUUGGCUAACGUCCGAUUUGGAUUCCGUUCUGUCAGAGACACAUUUACAGCAGACCUUUUGAAUCCCUCAUCAGCAGCCUUCCAAGAUCGAGCCACAACCAUCACAUCUGCGCUCGAACCCUUGUUCAGAAGAGCUUUUGGUUCCUUCACUAGCUUGCAAGUGGUAACUUUCAGCCAAGGAUCGAUCAUCACCACCAUGGACGCAAAGUUCAGUUCAGCUCCUCCUAGUGACCAGAUAGCCAGAGUUCUGACCGAUGCCGCAGGAACCAUCACAGCUUUUGACAUUGAAACCAACUCUAUCACUGUUAAUGGUAUAGUGACGGGUGGAGUCUCAAGUGGAAUGAACAAAAGCAGUGCCUUCAUCAUAUCUUCGAUGACCCUCCUCUCAUGGCUACUCGUGUCAAGCUGAUCAUAGGACUUGGGUGUUCACUCAAGACAAACCCAAGACAACACAUAAGAACCAUUUUAACUAAGAAACAUUAUUAACCAUAUUAACCAUGUUAACAACAGAAUUAUAUUAACCAAGGUAAACAAACAAAUGAAUAAUAUAUAUUACUGAAUUAAUUGCUAUUUAAUCACAAUAGAGUAUUCUAAUUAAGAUAUCAUGCACUUGGCUUGUAAACAAAAGACUAUUCUCUUAAAAAAAGAUUAAGCUAUCAUGUUUGCUCUUGUCUAGUGUCAUCGAAAAAUAUUUUAAAUGUAGACCACUUAUAUGGGGAAAUACUGUGGCGAGCAGCACGGAAAGGAAGAGACUGGAGCCCAUGGGUCUGUUCGAAACCACAUACUUGCUUCCUACUCUUACUAACUAUGACGUCAAAUUGAGUAAGUAGAACGUAGUAAGCGAGUUUUAGGUAAGCGAGUAGUAUCCGAAUGUCUUCUACUUCCGGAAAGAUUUUGUGUAUGCAUCGCUAGCUUACUAGACGUACUCAACCACCCCAGAAUGCACUGCGUCUAUUCAAAAGAACAAUGGAAGCAAUGGCGCUAAACGGGGAGCCGCAGCAGCAGAGCCCACAGCCAUACCAUAAUAAUU